AUGCUAAUGAGGCAGGAGAAGGAGGCCGGGGCUGCCAAGAUGGCGACGGAGCGAAGUCGCUCCCCGAUGGGGGGCUCGCCGGUGCCGGCCUCGAUGUUCGCCCCGGAGCCAGCCUCUCAUGGCGGGGCCGUGGCGGCCUCUUCCAGGUUCCACCGCGGGGUUGCGGACUCGGACUACAGCGAGGACGGCGAGGUGCUCAAUGGGGAGCCCGAGCUCGACCUCACCAGCAAGCUAGUAAUGGUGAGCCCAACAUCAGAGCAGUAUGAUAGCUUGCUGCGGCAGAUGUGGGAAAGGAUCGAUGAAGGAUGCGGGGAGACCAUCUAUGUCAUUGGACAAGGAUCAGAUGGGACUGAGUACGGGCUCAGUGAUGCAGAUAUGGAAGCAUCCUACGCCACCGUGAAGAGCAUGGCUGAGCAAAUAGAUGCAGAUGUGAUCCUCUUGCGGGAGCAUCAAGAGGCAGGAGGCAAAGUGCGUGACUACCUGGUGCGGAAGCGAGUGGGUGACAACGAUUUCCUGGAGGUCAGGGUAGCCGUGGUUGGCAAUGUGGACGCAGGGAAGAGCACGCUGCUGGGUGUCCUCACCCAUGGUGAGCUGGACAAUGGACGUGGCUUUGCCCGGCAAAAGCUUUUCCGCCACAAGCACGAGAUCGAAUCGGGCCGUACUAGCAGCGUGGGCAAUGACAUAUUGGGCUUUGACAGUGAGGGCAAUGUAGUGAACAAGCCUGACAGCCACGGUGGAAGUCUGGAGUGGACUAAGAUUUGUGAGAAGUCAACAAAGGUCAUAACCUUCAUUGACCUGGCUGGGCAUGAGAAGUACCUGAAGACUACAGUCUUUGGCAUGACUGGGCACCUACCUGACUUCUGCAUGCUAAUGGUUGGCAGCAAUGCAGGAAUUGUUGGGAUGACCAAGGAGCACUUGGGCCUUGCAUUGGCGCUCAACGUCCCAGUCUUUGUGGUGGUGACCAAGAUUGACAUGUGUCCUGCUAACAUUCUCCAAGAAACCCUGAAGCUGUUGCAACGACUUCUGAAGUCCCCAGGAUGCAGAAAGAUCCCUGUCCUGGUCCAGAGCAAAGAUGAUGUCAUCGUUACUGCCUCCAACUUCAGCUCAGAAAGGAUGUGCCCAAUAUUCCAGAUUUCCAAUGUCACCGGUGAGAACCUGGAAUUGCUUAAGAUGUUUCUCAAUCUCCUGUCUCCAAGGACCAGUUACAGGGAAGAGGAGCCUGCAGAAUUCCAGAUAGAUGACACUUACUCUGUUCCAGGUGUAGGGACAGUGGUGUCUGGGACAACACUAAGAGGCCUGAUCAAGUUAAAUGACACCUUGCUGCUCGGCCCAGACCCUCUGGGUAACUUCUUGCCCAUUGCUGUGAAGUCCAUCCACCGCAAGCGCAUGCCCGUCAAAGAGGUUCGAGGAGGACAGACUGCCUCCUUUGCUCUGAAGAAGAUCAAGCGCUCCUCUAUCCGGAAAGGCAUGGUGAUGGUGUCUCCCCGAUUAAAUCCUCAAGCGUCUUGGGAAUUUGAAGCUGAGAUUCUGGUUCUGCAUCAUCCUACCACCAUCAGUCCACGUUAUCAGGCUAUGGUGCAUUGUGGCAGCAUCCGCCAGACAGCCACUAUCCUCAGUAUGGACAAAGACUGUCUACGCACAGGAGACAAGGCAACCGUGCACUUCCGCUUCAUCAAGACCCCGGAGUACCUGCACAUAGACCAGCGGCUGGUUUUCCGUGAAGGGCGUACCAAAGCUGUGGGUACCAUCACCAAGUUACUCCAGACCACAAAUAACUCUCCAAUGAACUCCAAGCCUCAGCAGAUCAAGAUGCAGUCCACGAAAAAGGGGCCCCUGACCAAGCGAGAGGAAGGGGGAGCCCAGGCUGGCAUGGCAACGGCGAGUCCCACAGUGGCAGAUGAUGCGGUUUCGCUGGGAGCAGCCCCCUCAGCACCUUCGAGUGCCCAACAGCCUCAGCCUGCCCUGGAUGAAGAGCCCCACAACCGAGAGGGCAGCAAGGUGAAGACUGGAGGAGGUGGCCGCCGACGUGGAGGGCAGCGCCAUAAAGUGAAGUCUCAAGGGGCUAUUGUGACUCCUGCUGGUGGCUGCUGAACAUCGUUUUUAAUCUCUGCGGAAUUCACACCCUCCCCUUCUUCAACCCAAAAAGCCGGAGCAGCCUAACCAAAAUCCAUCCCAACUGAUCUGCUACUGUGGAACUUCUCCUCCUCCUCUUCCCCUCCUGGAGAGGAGCCACCGGGGGGACGGAUGCAGGGUUUACAGUUUAAGCUAACGAAGGUGACAAAAGCACACGUGGGACUGACCAGCUGCCGCCUUCUCCCUUUUUAACCCCCCCCCCCCGCCCAAACAUUUUGUACAUCGUGAGCUCUUAGUCAUGAUUUUUUAUUAGUUUUUAUUAUGGUGGAUGUUUGUGUGUGGUAUGCGUGCGGAUGAAGAAUCGGGAGGAUCCAGGUAUAAAGAGUAAGGUAACUGCCUCCUCUUCUCUUCCCCACCCUGUCAUAUAUAUAUUUUUGAAACUGA